AUGCUGCGUCGCACACUGCGAUGCCUCCUGGAGCAGGAGGGGCCCUCUACGCUGAAGCGGGCCGUGAUGGCGAAGGCGCACCCCCUCCACGCCAGCCCGGGCACGAGGAAGGGCGCCGCUUACCCCCGCCGCAGCGGCACCGCGGGGAUGACGCACGAUGCUGGCGCCGCCGUAGACGCGCCGGUGGCCCCGGCCGCAGCCGCAGCCGCGGCAUCAUCGUCGCCAGCGGCAGCGGCGGCGGUCUUGCCGUCGUCAAGGGAGCAGCCGCACGGAGACGCCUCGGAAGACGCGUACCGGUUUCUGCUGCACCACAUCGACUCGGAGAUCGCGGCCCUGAAGCGCCGCAUCACGACGGUGGCGAAGCAGCGGGAGUCGGUAGAGAGCGGCCAGGCCCGUCGCAUCCGUGAGCUCUUCGAGUGCAUGGAGCGGCCCUGGCUGAUGCUCGAGUCCAUCCCCGCCCCGCAGCUGCCCAACCGGGCGCUGGAGGUCUACGCGAAGGAGUUGUACACAAAACAGCACGGGCCCGACGCGGGGAACUGCGAGCAGGACGCCGUCUUUUUGGAUGCCUGCCGACGGAACUGGCGGGGUCUGGCGCUUGAGCAGCGGAAGCCGUACGAGGUCGCCGCGCGGCGCAACGAGCACCUGCGGAGGGAGCUGAAGAAGAAGCUGUCCAACGGCUGCUCCUACUUUGAGAGCUUCUGCGAGCAGCUGCGGGAGUGGACGGCGGAGACGGCACGCAAAGAGAAGGCACUGCAGCCGCAAAGCGCCAGCCGGGCUCCCCCGCGGGGCACCGCGCCGGCGACGCGAAAGAAGUCCCCGUCGCCGGCGAAGACGACGCACGCGGCGGCUGCGGCGGAGGCUCCCGCGCCGAAGAGUGCGGGGCGGGCAGAAGAGCGGCGCAGCCCACGCCUUGCGCAGCGGGCGCCCGCGCGCAACAGGGCGGCGAAGGCGACGAAGUCCGCCCUCGCACGUGCCUCUGCUGUGCGACGCCCGCAGGCGCCCCGGCGGCAGCGGCCUAAGCCGAAUAGAGCGCAUAGAGCAAAGUCGCAGCCCCCCAAGAAGUCCGUGGCGAAGAGGAGGAGGAGCCACGCACGAUGA